ACGUAAAGACACGCCUUUUCCGGACACGUUAUUGUUGCAUCAGAUAGUCUGCAUUGACAGAAAUGGCAAGCUCAGGAGAGCAAGCCUUUGACUAUGGCUUCUUGCUGAGCAUAAGGGAGGAGGCUGUCAGGGUUCGAGCACUGAACGAGUACCUGCGCUCUCGCAGUUACCUGGCCGGGUUUAGUCCCUCUUCAGCUGACGCUGAGGCCUUUGCGCUGCUGGGCAAACCCCCGCACUCAGAACAUGUUCACGCCCUGCGCUGGUACAGGCACAUAGAGGCCCUUCAGCAGCAAGGCCCCCAGCCCCCCCCAGAACUCUGCACAAAGGGAAAGAGGGUCCAGCCAGCCUGGGCUGCUCCAGAGGGAUGCCAGCCACCUCAGCUCAAGCUCUACAACAGCCUCACUCGCAACAAGGAAGUGUUUGUGCCACAGAAUGGGAGGAGGGUAACAUGGUAUUGCUGUGGGCCCACAGUCUACGACGCCUCACAUAUGGGUCACGCCAGGUCCUACAUAUCUUUUGAUAUCCUGAGACGAGUACUGAUGAACUAUUUCAAAUACGAUGUCUUCUAUUGCAUGAACAUCACAGACAUCGAUGACAAGAUUAUCAAGAGGGCCAGACAGAACUACCUUUUGGAGCAAUACAAAGAAAAGAAACCUGUGGCAUCACAGAUCCUGAAGGAUGUCCUCACCGCCAGAGAGCCUUUCAAGAAGAAGCUGACUGAGACCACGGACCCGGAUAAGAAGCAGAUGCUGGAGAGGCUGGACUCCGCUGUGACGGUGGCUCUGGAGCCCCUACAGCAGGCCGUGCAGAGCGGCGCCCCAGACACCAGCAUCCACACACAGGCACAGAUCCUGCUGGAAGAGUCCAAAGAUCUGCUUUCUGACUGGUUGGAUGCUCAGUUUGGCAGUCAAGUCACAGAGAACUCCAUCUUCUCCGCAUUGCCAAAUUACUGGGAGGGGGAGUACCACAAGGAUAUGGAAGCCCUGAACAUCCUUCCAGCAGAUGUACUCACGCGUGUCAGUGAAUACGUUCCAGAAAUUGUAGACUUUGUAAAGAAGAUUGUGGACAACGGUUAUGGAUAUGAGUCCAAUGGUUCUGUGUAUUUUAACACGGCGAAGUUUGACUCGGAUCCCAAACAUUCCUAUGCCAAACUGGUUCCUGAGGCCGUCGGAGAUCAGAAGGCUCUUCAGGAGGGAGAAGGAGACCUCAGCAUCUCUGCUGAUCGUCUCAGCGAGAAGCGUUCCCAAAACGACUUUGCCCUCUGGAAGGCCUCCAAGCCUGGGGAGCCCUCCUGGGAUUCCCCCUGGGGAAAGGGUCGACCAGGCUGGCACAUCGAGUGCUCGGCAAUGGCGGGUUCCAUUUUGGGAGAGUCUAUGGACAUCCAUGGCGGAGGAUUUGAUCUUCGCUUCCCCCAUCAUGACAACGAGUUGGCACAGUCUGAGGCCUUCUUUGACAAUGACCACUGGGUUCGCUACUUUUUGCACACGGGCCACCUUACGAUUGCAGGCUGCAAAAUGUCCAAGUCUUUGAAGAACUUCAUUACAAUUAAAGAUGCUUUGGCCAAACACACAGCACGACAGCUUCGCCUGGCUUUCCUCAUGCACUCUUGGAAAGACACUCUGGACUACUCGAGCAACACCAUGGAGUCGGCCAUUCAGUAUGAGAAAUUCAUGAACGAGUUUUUCCUGAACGUUAAGGACAUCCUCCGGACCCCCACUGACAUCACCGGCCAGUUUGAGAAAUGGGAGGCUGAUGAGAUUGAUCUGAACAAGAGUCUCUUCGACAGGAGAGCAGCGGUGCACGAGGCCCUGUGUGACAACAUCGACACGCGGAAGGCCAUGGAUGAGAUGCGCUCCCUGGUGGCCCGGAGCAACACCUACAUCGCCAGCAGGAAGGCCGCCAAGCUGCUGCCCAACCGCAUGCUGCUCCAGACCAUCGCCCUCUACCUCACCGACAUCCUCAAGACAUUUGGAGCAAUUGAAGGAACCGAGCCCAUUGGUUUCCCUGUCGGAGGAAGUGGCCAGAGUGCUGAUUUGGAAAGCACUGUGAUGCCCUAUCUCAAGGUCCUGUCAGAUUUCAGGGAAGGAGUUCGGAAAAUCGCACGUGAACAGAAAGUUACUGGGGUCCUUCAGCUGUGCGAUGAGGUGCGUGAUGAUACUCUGCCUGAACUUGGCGUCCGCCUGGAAGACCAUGAAGGACUUCCAACGGUGUUGAAGCUGGUGGAUCGGGAAACUCUGAUGAGGGAGAAGGAGGAGAAGAAAAGGUUGGAGGAGGAGAAGAGGAAGAAAAAGGAGGAAGCCGCAAAAAAGAAACAAGAGCAAGAGAUGGCUAAACUGGCCAAGAUGAAGACUCCACCCAGUGAGAUGUUCCGCUCUGAAACAGACAAAUACUCUGCUUUUGAUGACACUGGCUUCCCCACACAUGACACAGAGGGCAAGGAACUAAGCAAGGGACAAACGAAAAAGCUCCGCAAACUUUACGAGGCACAAGAAAAGUUACAUAAUGAAUAUCUUCAGAUGAGUCAGAAUGGCAACUGAAGAGUCUGGGAGAACAAGUCCACUUGGCCCUGCCCUGCAAUCCGCCCAUUCUGUGUGCCCUUUUCUGUGUCCAGGUGUGCUUGUCAAAUUGAGGCCUGCAAGAUGCCUGCAAUCUUUGUGUCUUUGGACAGAAUCCAGGCUUUGAUUUUCCACAUGGUUGGAACAUUGCUGAAAAAAAUAAUUCCCUUUAUUGUGGGGUCAUGAAUUGUGAUUAGAGGACAUUAAGUAUGAGUAGAACGGUUUAAGGGCAUCAGGACAGUAUGUUUGAUGUGGGUGAUACUGAGGUAUUCAGACUGCUGUGCCUCUCAUUACAGUCAGUUUCUGCUCCUUCUUCUGCAGGAUUCUUCUGGAAGUUUUCUGUGGUGGUGACAUUAAGCUAUUGACGAUUUCCAAUAAAUGUUUCUAUGAACUUUAAGAGCAGUAAUAAUAAAUGCUUUCUUUCAAAAAAGAUAAAAUGAA